AUGUCCUAUAAAUCGAGCCCAACUAAGAUCUCUGCACCAAGAAACAAGGUCUUCAAAAGAGUCCCAAAGAAGAGAAUGGAACCCGCUGAAGCUGUAUCUACCACCAGAUUUGGAACGCUCCAAGAAAUGGAGGCUCCCAAGGUGUACUCAAAUAUCAGAUCCUCUUACUUUGCUGAACUCCAAGCACCCAGAGUCUGGAACGAUGAUAUCAAGAGCAGGUCCUCGAUGGAAAACUUUCCAGCCAUUCCUCAAUUCGCCGCAGUCACUCCUUUCAGAAUUGCGACUCCUUUGGCGGGAUUCUCAAGAUCGUCGGUCUACUCAGCUGGUGAAGUUAGUGACCCACUUUUGAAGCUGGUCUCUAAUUCCAGAAGCAAGCAGUACCAGCUGGGGUCCAGAAAGGUGACUCUCCAAGAAGACGGUUCUAUCCAGACCACUGGCUCUGUUGAAAUUGCAAUCCAGAACACUCCAGCUGGGUCAAAGAGAACUUUGGAUUAUCUGGAGUUCACCAAUGUUGUUCUCCCGCAAUCCCCUUUCUCAUCCAUGCUAUUGUCUGCUAAGAAGAGACGCUACCAGACUGCAGUAAUUGAGAAACUGGACAACUCGCGCACUGUCAAUGUGAAGGACAUUCUUCGUAUGGUUGACGAUUCUUUGGUUUCUAGUGACACUGAGAGCAUGACUUUUGGCUCCAACAAUGGAAAGGAGCAGGACGUCAGUAUCAGUGCUGAUGAUCUGAACUUUGCUAAGCUCGGAGAGCUUGAAGAGCUCGACCACAGAGCCGGCUUCAAGAACCUGCACUCAAUUGCGAUCAACAACAAUUACAAGUCUAUGGCGCUGAAGGUUUGA